AUGAUUUUGACAGGGAUUAACUUGAUUUCUCGUUUUGAGGUGGCGAAAAGCGCCUAUAUCUUGCUAUGGAUGAGUGGUUACUGGAUAACGGGUGUAGUUCCACUUUAUGCAACCGCUAUCCUUCCAAUGUUCCUGGGACCAGUGAUGGGCUUGCAAACUUCCGGAACCCUUUCUAAGGAAUAUCUACCGACCUCAAACUUUCUCUUUAUUGUGAGUAUGUUUCUGGCGGGUGCUGCAGAACAUUGCAACCUGCAUCGUCGCAUUGUUAUCCUGUGCCUUAAGUGCAUGGGCGGCGAUCCGAGAUUGAUCAUCCUGGGAAUUAUGAUACCAACAUGGUUUUUGUCACUUUGGAUGAGUAACAGUGCUACAACUCUACUAAUGGCUACAAUUACUGAGUCGCUACUAGACAGGAUUGACAAGGCUACCACAGAUCACGAAAGUUCUGCAGCAAAAAGAAGCUCCAUUGAUAAAAUUAGUGACAGUGAAGAGCAGGAGGACAUUAUUCGAGGUCUUGAAAUAACCGCAAGGAGAUCAAAGUGGCAGAAAUUUGGAGUCGGACUGAGCUUGGGUGUUUGUUAUUCUGCUAGUUGCGGCGGAAUGGGAACUCUUACUGGAACACCAACCAACAUCGUCGUUUAUAACCUCUUGAUAGAUGUCUAUGGCAGCCAGACCGGUUUGAAUUUUGGCUCAUGGAUGGCUUAUGCCUUUCCAAUAUCCAUCAUCAUCCUUCUUGUUAUUUGGUUUGUGAUCUGUUUAAUUUACCUCGGACCAAGCGAGUUGUUCAGUUGCAGCCGAGCCGAGCCCGAGUCUUCUGAGAGCUCAUUCGACGACGUUUUCACUCCCGACGAAAGAGAAGUUGAUGUCGAAAGUGAACACCGAAAUUCAGAUAUAUCGCUCAAGGAAAUAGUAAAUAAGGUUAUCAAAGAAGAGAAGAAGGUGCUCGGUCCCCUGACGUGGGCAGAAGGAACGGUCUUAUUUCUCUUUAUCUCCGUCAUCAUUAUGUGGAUUUCAAGGGAACCUGGCGUACAAGGUUGGUCCCGUUUUAUGCCAAAAAAGAUCAAUGCUCAGGGUCGACUUAUAAACUUUGUUGGAGAUACACAGCCCAUCGUAUUGGUGGCUUUCCUUGCUAUGAUACUGCCAUACAACAAUCCCUUUAAACUUCGUAUUCGUCCAGACGAAACUCGUGCAGAAGCGAGAGCUAGAAUAAACAGACCCCUUCUACCCUGGUCGGUGGCAGAAUCGAAGUGCGCUUGGGGUGUCAUCAUCCUAAUCGGUGGUGGGUUUGCUCUUUCCAGAAUUGUUACAUCCUCUGGCUUAUCCACUGUGAUCAGCGGAAGUUUGACAGGACUGAGUGCUCUUCCGGCAUUCGGCAUUGUCUAUCUACUGACGAUAAUGUGCUCCUUUUUGACGGAAAUGGUCUCGAAUACUGCUACUGUUACCAUUCUUGCACCAAUCAUGUUUGAACUUGCCGACAGGGUGGCAAUUCAUCCGUUCUGCCUCACCUUGCCACUUGUUCUUUCCACCUCAUUGGCAUUCAUUCUGCCAGCUGCGACUCCUCCAAAUGCAAUUAUCUACGCCAAGGGCCGUGUUAAACUUAUCGAUAUGGUAAAAACGGGCAUUCCUCUCAACUUCAUUGCCCAGUUCGUUGUGACUGCUUGCACGAUGACCUACGGUGCCCAGUUAUUUGGCCUCCACGCCGUACCCGAUUGGGCUGGUAAUUCGACGCUGGGACGCUGA